GCAUUAAAUGUCGGACAAUAACAAAGACUUGAAUUAUGUGAUAUUUACCUCUUAAGAAAAUAAUAUGUGGUUUUUAGUUAAUUUUUUAGUCUUUCCAUUACUAUUUUUACAUACAUUUUCUCUAGGAGUUGAAAUGAAUGAUAUUUAUAAUUGUACGAUAUUAAGAGAAAACUUUGGGAUAUCCGUUUCUCAAUUUACAUUAUGUGCAAUUUCAAAUUCCCAUCCUAUAAAAUUGUGUGAAUCUUGUAUUGAUCAGUACAUAAACGUUGGAGAAAGUUACACAAAUUUAUCGAAGUUUAAAGAUGAUAAAGAUUUUUGUAUAUCACAUUAUAUCAACUUGGAUCGAUUAGGCAUUGUAUCAAAUAUGUACGAGAAUGUUUACAAUCUUUGGAAUAAUGCAAAAUGUUACGAAUGUUACGAAGUAAUAAACAGUGUUCUAACCCACAAUUUAUCUCAAGAAACUAUAGAAUUUUUAAAACUUUAUAACAGGACUCAAAAAUGUAUUGGAAAAUAUCCAAAAACGAUGUGUGAUUUUUGUAUGGACCCUUAUUUGAAAUUAAAUAAUUAUUAUUAUAGUAUAAGUAAUGAAAACGAUAAAAUCGGGAUGUGUAUGGAUAUAGUAGAUUUGAUGAAUACAACACGAACAGAAUGGAGUGAAAAAUGUUGUAAAUACAGAAAACAUUCAGAAUACGCAUUUAUUGGUUCUUCCGUUGGAAUUAUGAUCGUUACAAUUUUAUUUUACGUCCUAACUAAAGUUUUUAUUGAUAAAAAAUCAACAAAAAUUGUUACACAACAUCGUUUUGUUGAAUCCUUAUCGUCAUCGAACAGAAGAGACAAUAAUUAAAAAAUUAAGAUUUGUAAUCUUAAAUUUUUGACAUACAUAAUAUGUAAAAAAAAAAAAAUU